AAUGUCUAAUAAAUUCAAAGAAAAAAGCUUUUUAGACUUAAAAAAUAAGAUCUUAGAACAAAUAAAAGAAUAUCAUAAAGUAAAAAAGUCUAAUCUAGAAUUGCAUAUCAAUUUAGAAAAUACCACUGAUCUAUUAAGACAAUUAUGCAAAACAAUUGAUGUUAAAGGAAAGCAAAUAAUAUCUACAAAAAAGUAUAUAAACAAUUUGAAAAGCUCUAUAGAUCAAAGGCAAAAAUUGAAUAAAAGUUUAAAAUUAGAUUUAUUUAAAUUGAAAGAUGAAAGUGCUUCUUUGGAAAAAAUACGAACAGAAUCAUAUAGAAAGGAUCGUAGUUUAAUUAAAACUGAAAAGAAUUCACAUUUACAUAUAGAUUCGACAACUAAAGAACAUUCUACAAAAUCUAAUCUUAGUAAAGAUCAUGUAAUAUCUUAUCAUAAUUUCACAAAGCUUAUUAAUUCAAUGGAUUUAAAAAAGAAAGCUUUGAACAAUGAUUCAAAUCGGGAGAUGAAGACUGAUAUCUGUAUGAAUUAUCCAUUAGAUAAAGCUAAACUCAAUUAUUUUCAAGAAGAAAUGACGAAAAAUUUCAAAGCUAAAGACACCCAAACAGAGAAAGAAAUUGAAAUAUCACCUACAUAUCAUCCAAUUAAGGUAGUUUGCAAAUGCCAAUGUGCUUGUUGUGAAGAUAAACUAACAAAUGAAAAUUUGAGUAUUAGUACAAGUAAAACGAAAAAUCUUCAAAAGAAAGGUGUUUCAAAAUCUAACCAAAGAAAUAUUUCUAAAGAAGCUAGUAGUAACAUUAAAGAUACGUUAAAUCAAGCUAAUACAGGCCUACAGGAAAGGAGAGAAUCUAAUAGAAGACUUUCCUGGAACUUUGAGAAGGGUUCGCUCAUUCAAUCGACCACCCCAGAAACUUCUACUGAGAAUAAAAACUCGAGUACAAGUACAAAUCCUACAUAUACGUCUAAGAAUGAAACGUCGCCUGAGGGCUUUGGUAAUUCGUUAUCUAGUAGUGAUACAACAAGUAGAAAGACGAGUAAAACAGAUGAAACAACAAGUUUAGCAGAUAAUACAAAAAGCAUAAAUACCGAAUCAGUUCAAGAGUCUGAAAGUUCAAGUACAACUACUGUUACUGAAGCAACAAUAACCACUACAUCCAACAAUACUUAUUUACCAAGGAAAUCUAUAUUAAAAAAAGCAAUUCCUUCAAGACAAGAGGCAGAAGUCUCCAAUAAAGAAUAUUCCAAUGCUAUUACUAAUAGUUCUAGAAAAUCUUCAAAUUCUUUUGCUACAGCAUCAGUGACAAAAGAUACUUCAGAUGCUUCAACCAAAUUAAAAACUAUGGCGUGUUCUUCUCAAAAUGACAGUAAAAGUUUCUGUAGAGGUGAAAGUAAAUAUUCGACAACUAGUUCUACCAGUGAUGAAACAUAUAGCUCGGAUUUGAGACAAAAUUCAAGAGUACAAAGAUCAGCCUUGAUUAGUCCAUCAAAUAAUAAAAAUCAAUCGGAAAGGGAAACGAAAGGCAAUUAUGAACCAAAUUUAUAUAGAAAAAGGUCAAUACCCAGGCAAGAAAAGGAGUCGAUCAAAAGUUGCUGGUUUUGCUCCUUUUCUGAAUUGAUACAUAUUUUACUAGACGACGAAGAUGACCCAGAAAUAGUUGCUCUUGAGAGAAAAAUUAAAGAAAAACAAGAUGAACUAAUGAAAACAACAGAGACGUACAAAUCAAAUGAUAAAAGUAGAAAAGUUAACGAAUUGCCUAAAUAUAACGAUAUUUUAGAAAACAAUCUUCAAGAUAUCAGACUAUCUAUAGACAAUAACGAUAGUUCGGAUACAGCAUUUGAAAUUCCUUCUCUUCUUGACGAUAGUAUGUGGGAAAGAAGACGCUCAAGAUCACAAAUCGGUUCGGCUCGAAAAGCGCCUACGUCAACUCGGCAUUCGGUUGUUUCGAAUAGUAUAUCUACAACUCGAUCGAAAAAAGAACACUCAGCAAGAUCAACUCGAUCAGUUUCUAAAACAAAACCGUCGUCAAAAGACGAGGAUCUGUCAGCUUUUUUUAACUCAAAAUCUAGAAAUUUAAGGUUGAACAGUGCGAGGAGUGUUAGUACGAUUGACAACAAUGAAAGCGUUUUUAGUCAACCAAAAUUAAAAGCUCAAACAAAGAUAGUGCCGGUAAGAAAAAAGAUUAAACAUAAAUAUACACAGGAUUUAGCAGCCAGCAUAAUACAAAAUUGGUAUAGGCGUCAGAAGAGUAAAGAUAUUUUGAAAAAUUUUCUUGUCUCAAAAAAAAGAGACAUUCAGCUCAACGGAAGUGAUGAGACGGAGAAAGAUAAACAAAAGAGGCGCGAAGAAAAGGCAAGAAAAGCACGACAAGAAGCUAUUAAGGAAUUACAUAAAAAGAGAGAGAUGGCUCGAGAAGAAAAGAAAAAAUUAGCUGAAGAUGAAAUCAAAUUCUUGAAGGAUUCUGGAAAGAUAGUUGACAAAAAGAAAAAGGAUAAGGAAGUUGAAGUUAAAAAGGAUAAUGGAAAAAAGAAAGCUAUAGACAAUGCUCCUAGCGAUGAUGGAACUCUUGAUUCUUUUUUCGGACAGCCUGGUAAAAAGAAUUCAGACGAUGAAGCAAUAGUGAAGAAGAAAAUGGCUUCACCAGUAUUCUUCGAUGAAGAAGAUGAAAAUCAACCUCAAACGGAAAGAACACUGGAGGAAGAUAAAACGACAAAGUCAAGAACAACGUUCACUGAUUUAAUAGCAACUUUAGAAGAAUUAGAAGAACCGAAGACAUUUCCAAAUCAAGAAAAGAAGACAGAAGAUCUCCCUAAUCCUCAUUUGUCAGAUGAUAAACUUAGAAGCAUUAUGUCAUACCUAAAUCAUAUCGAAACGAGGGAGAGAUUCGAUGAGCUAGAACUGGAUACUGUUCCUGAUUCUGCUCCAUUAGUUCCGUCAGCCGAAGAGAUUGAACAGUUGGAGCAAGCAACAGCUACGGCAAACGAACUGACCCAGACCGUUUUAUCUCAAAAAAUUCAGGUCGAAGAUAAAUCCAGAAGAAUAAAGAUGCUUCAAAGAGCCUUAGAUCAACAAAGAGAAUUGACAAUAAGACAUGCCAAGGACGUUGAAAGAGAGAUGCAAAAACGUCUAGACGUUCAAAAAGCUGAAUAUGAAGAAACAGUUAAACGUCAUCUCGGCUUCAUUGAUCAGUUAAUAGAUGACAAAAAGAUACUGAGUGAAAAAUGCGAAAAACUUGUUGUAGAAAUGAAAACGAAAGAUAAAAAAUACACAGACAAACUGACAAAUGUAACUGAACAGCAUAAUAUAGAAUUAAAAAAAGUUAAAGAAAUUGCUAGUGCAUCCGAAAAAUUAAGAAGAGAGCGGUGGAUUGAUGAAAAAACAAAAAGAAUUAAAGAAAUGACAGUAAAAGGUUUAGAACCAGAAAUUCAAAAGUUAAUUGCCGAUCACAAAUCAGAGAUUAAAAAAUUAAAGAGUAUACAGGAGGCUGAACUGUUGGAAGCUGACGAAAGAGCUGCUAAGAGAUAUGUAAAAAUGAUUGAAGAACUCAGGGAUCAACUCGCAGAGGAAAAGGAAGCUGCUUGUGCAAGGGAAAGAGAACUUGCCCGUCAAACUUAUGAGAAGCAAAUUCGUAGUGAAGAAGAAGCCCUUCAGCAGCAGCGUCGACGCCUCUUUGCUGAAAUAGCUGAGGAGAAAGAUCGACUGGCCGCCCAAAACUCAAGAAUGAAGCAAGAAGCGGAUAGGCAACAGCUUAUGCUGGAAAAAAAUGCCCGAGUGACAUCUGAGGCAACGAGAAGAGAGUACGAAGCCGCAAGAGAUGAACAGGAAAAGAGGCAUAUGGAAGAAAUACGUCAAAUUAAGGAAAAAAUGGAAGCUGAAAAAGAGAGCUUCAUGGAAAAUUUAAUGAGGAAGCAGGAUACGUGGACUUCGGCCAAGGAACGGGAACUGAAAGAGAAAGCCAGGAAGGAAAGAGAUAAGGAGAUAGACAUGGUUAUUUCCCAAUUAGAGGAGGAUAAUAGGUCAUCAAGGGAAGAGUGCGAAAGAGUUGCUGAAAAUCGUAUCAAAAGAUUAAGAGACAAGUAUGAAAAGGAAAUGAGUCAAUUGGAACUUUCUGAGAAAGACAUUAAUAGAAAGUAUUUGGAAAUUAAAAAAGAGUUACUUCAAGUUCAAGGUGAUAAUGAGACUCUAAGAGUUACAGUUAAACAGAAAGAAAGAGAAAUUGACGAUUUAAAAUCCCUUCUUGAAACACUUCAAAAAGAAAAGUCAAAUUUUGAAGAUGUCGUUCGCCAAGAAUUGGCUGACAAGAUAGCAAGAACGGAACAAGAGAGUAAAAACUUGAAAAAUGAUCUAUCCGAAUGUAAGGCAAAGCAUAAAGCCGAGUUAGAUGAUGUUAAAAAACAAAUCGAAAAAGUUGAAAAAGCAAAAGAAGCUGAGAUGGAAGAAGUUCAUAAAAGAGUUAAAGCAGCUGUAGAAAAGAAGGAAGAAAUUGUAAAACAGCUAAGACAGCAAUAUGAUGCAGCUUUAAAAAGAGCUGACCACUUAGAAGGCUUAUUACAACAGCAGAGACGUCAACUAUUAGAUAGGAAAUAA